AUGACUCCCGCCAACAUCACCAACGAGGCGACCAUUUAUGAUGAGACAUCCCCACUCCUCCGUACUUCCAAUGCUAACAGCGCUGAAGCUCAAAUUGCUGAGAAACCCAAGCCUACUCCUUUGCCCAAGGGCCAACUUGCUGCACUUUGCGCAGUUCGUCUAGUCGAACCCAUAGCGUUCACACAACUCUUUCCAUACGUCAACGAGUUCAUGAGCGAUCUCCAUCUCACAGAUGACCCAUCAAAAAUAGGCUUUUACAGCGGAUUGGUUGAAAGCCUUUUUGCUAUAUCUCAGCUAUGUUCCAUCUACCACUGGGCUAAGAUAUCAGACGUCAUUGGACGACGCCCUGUAAUAUUUGUGGGUAUUUUUGGGCUCGCGGCAACUACGAUUAUGUUUGGUUUGUCCAAGUCACUGGCGGGUGUCUUGGUCGCGCGUUGCUUAGGGGGACUGUUUUCGGGAAACGUCGCUGUCAUUCAUUCGGUUCUGGGAGAAAUCACCGAUUCCACAAACCAGGCGGUUGCUUUCCCCAUAUACGGCCUCACAUGGCCUCUUGGUUCAAUCAUUGGACCACUCAUUGGCGGGACGUUCUCUCACCCGGCCUCAAAAUAUCCCGAAAUAUUCGGGUACCAGUUUCUUAAGGAUUAUCCCUAUUUCCUGCCAUGCUUCAUUGCAUCCGUGAUCGCCCUCGUUGGUGUUUUCCUUGGAUUCCUUUUCCUUGACGAGACUCUGCCCAGCAAGCGCACUCGCGAGAAAAGUGGCUCUCCUACCAAUACCGAUGGCCCUCUCAGCGUUUCAAAAUUGUUAUCGAUACCAAUCAUAUCCGCUUUGGCAUUAUCUGGCUUCAUGCUGAGCUUUCUUGGUGUAUCCUUCGACGUCGUAUUUGUCUUGUUCUGCUACUCGCCAAUUGAAUCCGGCGGUCUGGCGUUCUCAGCAUCACAAAUCGGAUAUUCUCUUGCCACCUCGGGCGCUAUUGCUGCUGCUAUUCAGCUUUGUAUCAUGUCCUACCUGCUUCGAACGUUUGACUCGGCGAAGAUGUAUAAUUUCUGCAUGGCCUUGUGGCCUUAUACCUUCCUCAUCUUGCCUGUUUUGAACCUUAUCGCUCGUGCUGGCUUGGAUGAGACCACUGGUGAACUUGGAACGCCCGCUGUUGCUUUGCUGUGGGUUGGCAUCGCUUUCGUCCUCAUGUUAUCCAAGGUCGCUUCGCUCGCUUAUUCCCUCAGCAUGCUUCUCACCAAGGAGAACGCUCCCAAUGCUGCGUCGCUGGGGCAGUCCAAUGGCUUAAUUCAAUUUGCAAUGUGUCUCGCGCGAUCAUUCGCUCCUUUCCUUGUCAGCUCCUUGUUUGCAAUCUCCGCAGAGUACAAUCUAUUGGGAGGACACCUGUGGGUUGCCGUUAUGGUGGCGGUCUCGUUCCUUGGCACGACGAUAUCGCGCAAGAUCGAGCAGAACAGUGUGAAGAUGACCGGUUGAAAACAGUCCAUUUGCAAUAGAAGACCUACACCACAUAGGCAAUCGCAUUAUAUAUUCCCAAGGCAUAUCACAAUAUCAUCACGACUAUCUACGUCUAUUUCGAGGCACUUGUUUUCGUUGAUUCCUUGUUCAUAUCCGUAUCUUUGGUUACUGUUAUUACAAGUUAUUUUAUCACUUUUCCUUUCUUAGGGUGCGCUUUCCAUACCAUCAAAAUUUAGUUGUGGCAAUAAAA